GGAGGACUGCUAUCUGCAUGAAAUUAUUAUAUAUUUUUUUAUAUAGGUUUAAGCGCUGGAAAUCUUCGAUGUCAUGAGGCACAAUCUUUGUGGAACUUCUUCCAGUUUAUGGGCGUCCCCACUUAUCUGUACUAAUAAAGCAGUAUUAAGCUCAAGACUUUCUACUUUUGAUGUCUUUAAAGAAACCAACAUGACUUGUAACGAGUUACCAAACUAUACGAAUGUUCAUUUAUUAACUUCUUUAAAAAAAUCCCUCAGUCUUCAAAAAAAUCACUAUUCGUAUAAAGAAAUUAAGGCUACUCAUCGUAAGUCAUCUUCCUGUAUCGUAGAUAUUUCAAUAGUUUCAACUACGUCCGAAUACUCGUUGCAGGCCGACCUUAUUGAAACUACUAAACUAGUAAAUAGUACUCCUUUACCGGUAUCCUCGCAAACCAUAGCAAAAGUUGAAAAAGAGGUUAAGAAAAAGUCAGGAUAUUUGAGGGUCCGACUACAAGGAAAAUUCUGGAGGAAAUGGCCUAUUUUUUAUUGCGUUUUGGAAGACGCCAAACUGAAAUUAUAUAAAAACCACAAAGCGCUAAGUAAACGGCCGAUUCGCGAAAUAAUGCUUCUAGCAAAAACCGUCGAACCAAUUUUUCAGAUUAAUAAAAAAUAUCAAUUUAGACUCAAUUCUUUCGACGGUAUUUCUGUUUCUUUAACAGUUUUUAUAAGCUUGUGGUGCUGACGUUACAGGUUAGAGGUUAUAUAACGCGUGCAGCACAUAUAUUUUUGAGUGCCCGACGGCCACUGCAUUAUUGGAAUGGACUUGUACCCUUCAAAAGUUAUGCCUGCCCUCAGUAGAGCGGGCUUCUUCCUGCUCGCCUUUUUUUGGCUCGGUUUAUUAUUUUUCUUCCGUUUCAUUAAUUUGGCUCUUUUUAAACAAAAGUCCUAUUUAGAAGGAUAUUGGUAGCCUUUAUUUCUUAUUGGGUUCACUUUUGUGAUCCUUUUAGGUGCUGGCGAAUUUAGUCUGCCAAUCAACAAUGCAUUGUGCGGUCAUCACGUGAUAUUUAAUAGCAAUAAGAAAAAAAUAUUUUUGUUUACUUGAAUUUUUGAUUAUAAGCUUUUUAGUUUUAUACCCUUUUUUAAUUAAUUUAUUUUACUUAUACAUUAAAAAAAUUAUAAUUGUUAAACAAGUUUUUUAUUGUUAUUUAAUUAAUAACUUUAUAUAAAAAAAUGAAUUGGUUUUCAUCUUCAGGAGCCAAAAGUGAACCGUUGGGCUAAACAUAAAAAAUUGACUUAUAAUGUUGGAAAAAUAAACAAAGAAAAAAAGUUUCGACUUUUCAAACUUUUGAUUCGGCGUCCAACUCUUUCAGAAGUAAGAAAGAAGGGAAUCAUAAAAGAUCUUUACUUUGGAUGCACUUUGGAGUCUUUAUGCUUGCGUGAGAGUUCAAAGUUUCCCAACUUAGUAAAGCAUUGUGUUGAAUAUCUUGAAAAAAAUGAUCUACUGAAAUUUCCUGGCAUUUACCGGCUUUCUGGCUCCUUUCAUUCGGUCCGAAAACUCCAGUACGAGAUCAACCACGGCGGCAUUGUUGACUUCAACAAAAUUAGUAAAGCGGAAAAAGCGCCCAUCGUUACAAGUUUAUUAAAGUUGUUCCUUAAUGAACUUCCUGUUCCAUUAAUUCCUGCUGAGCUGUUUACUAACUUUUUAUAUAAUUUGGAAGCUGAUAAACUAAGCAUUGCUGUUAGUCAACUACCUUAUUGCCAUAAGGAAACUUUGCUGUAUCUUCUACGCCAUCUUGCUCGAGUUGUUGAAUACAGCCACGUGAAUAUGAUGACUACCUCGAACCUCGCUAUAAUUUUUGGCCCGACGUUGAUUGGCACUUACGGGGUCCACGCGCUUCCGUUCCAGCAAAGACUAAUCGAGAAACUAAUCGAGAAUGUUUGCUUGUUGCAAUAAAA